AUGCCCGCCAUGUCCAGAGGAGAAGAGCCAAAGGCCUACAAGGUCUCAAAGAGGAAGGGCGGCACGCAGUCCUCACGAAAACACCAUUUCGAACCCUUCUCCAAGCGCAUCGCUAAGCUCAGUAUUGACCCCGUUCGCAAAACCCGCCGUAAUGAUCUCGAUGAGAAUGGCGCCUCCGAAACCUCCUCAUAUUUCAAGACUUCGUUCGACGAAUGGAAGGACCUCAACCUGUCCGAGAGCUUCGUUAGCUUCUCUCGAGAAGUCGAGCCGCUCUGCGAGAGCCUGCCCCAGAUACUCCAUUAUGAUGAACGGAUAAUGGACAUAUUGAUAAGAUAUAUUGAGCACAUGGACGCACUAUCUUUGCAGCCGUUGCUGGGCCUCGUAUCACACCUUGCGCACGACCUGGGCGCAAGAUUCGAGAGGCACUUCCAGCGGACAGUAGCUGUUGUAUGUAAAGUGGCCGCCCAACACUCUGAUAUAGAGGUCAUAGAAUGGAGCUUUGCUUGCCUUGCCUGGCUGUUCAAAUAUCUCUCGCGACUGCUCGUGCCCGACCUGCGGCCGCUGUACGAUUUGAUGGCGCCGCUCCUGGGUAAAGCUCCUCAGAAGCCUUUCAUUACUAGGUUCGCCGCGGAGUCAAUGAGCUUCCUGGUAAGGAAGGCCGGCGCCGCUUAUCACAGGAGCAAGGAACCCCUCCAAUUGAUUAUCAACCACGCUCUCCAAGAUCUAGAGACCACCGUAAGCGAAAACAAUGCUCCACUUUAUCAGCAAGGCCUCAGUACUCUCUUCACUGAGGCAAUCAGAGGUGUUCAAGGAGGCUUGCAUUCAAGCGGCGAUGCGGUUUUCCGCGAGCUGCUCGCCCAAAGCCAUCAGUCCAAGUCUACGGAGCGCGGGAAUACCGGCGCAAAACGCAUUGUCCACGGAGUGCUCGUGGCUCUGAUUCACCAUACAAAUUCAGAGACCUUUGCGCCUAUCGUCGAAGUUGUCGUUCCCUUUUGUCAAGCUUCCGCAACUGGAGCUACGGAUAGUCAAUUGAGAGACGCGUCGCGCUUGUUGUUCAUCAUUUCAGCUGUCAGAAAGGGAACGCGUAUCCACGAUUGGAAACCUCUCUUGUCUUGUAUCUCCAUUCUUGUAGAGUCCACCAGCUCGAGGUCUGACGCCGUAGACUCAGGAACCGCUUCGGAUAUUUUGGUGGCGUUGGCGGUAGUCUUCCAGAGCGCGCCACUGGAGGUUGUGAUUCCUCACAUACGGCUACUAGACCAUCUUACCACGGAUGAAUGGGAGCAACAUUUUCUUCCGUUCUGCAACUUCUUUGCUGAGCUUGGUCGGGAGCGGUUCGAAAGCCUGGUGCUGCCACAUCUCCAGAGGUUCAUCGCAGGACACUGGAAAAGUCAGGGCGACAGAUUGAGUCUCCUGCUGCCCAGACUUGCGAAUGAUAACCUGCAAUCAGCACUGACCUGUCCUCAGCCCUGGCAGGAGCACAUGUUGAACGAGUUCCGAUCAUACCAACCGCCGAACGGAACAAGCAUCACAGAUCUAGAGCUUGCAUCUCUCUGCAAUGGAUACCUUGAAACGCUCAAGGUAACGAGCAUGGAGCCACAGCUCGGCGCGCAACUCCAAGGACGAUUGUUCAAACUUCUGCAGAGCAUUCUGCUCAGUUCUCCCAACACGACCGAGGACGACUACUGGGCAAAAUUCGCUGCUGGCCAUUGCUUCAGUUAUUGGACGGCUGCGAAAAGUACGCAGGACCCUGAGCUGAAACUCUGGCCUCUAUUGUGUCAAAACUCCGGCAGAUUUCGCCGUAUGCCAGCAUUCUGGAAAGCUAUGUUACAGUACCUGAGGCCGAGGGCGAACCAGCUGGAUCUUAGCGAGCCCGACACGUCGUUACUAGUAAACGACCUCGUGCGCUGCCUUGCGUCGCCAUCCCACGACCUCCGGUCAUUGAGUCUGGACACUCUCAAAGCGGUCAUCACGGCCAAACAUAAGGAGGAGCCGGAAGCACUCUCUGUUGCGAUCGUUAUUGAAAGCAUGCCACUCAACAUCGAGACUGCACGGACUGUCUCCAUGCACAUCCGAAGGCUUGCAACUAGCUACAAAACUGCGUCCUCAGACCCCUGGCUGGCACGAGCAAUCCCAAGUUAUCUCUUCGGUCUGCUCCAUGUCAGGUUUUCGCAAGUAUGGGACGACUCUUGCAGCGCUCUGAAGGAGAUCUGCGAGCUGAGGGACGGCGAAGACGUUGUUUCUGAGAUAGCCUUCAGCUGGCUGCACAGCGCAAUAGAUCACGAGGACACACUGGUACAGUCUCAGCCUGGAGGCAUGCGAGAUGAUGGCCCAAGCCGAGCUAUUACCGAAUUUGAAUGCACAAAUCUGUCGAGAUUGGACCGAAUGGCUGAAGAAAGCGAAUCGUUGCUUCAAAGUGCCGCGCAAGAGCUGCAGCAAUCGUUCCUUGCGUUCCAUCAUGAAGUCCCGUUCAUAACGCCGUCAAGCCGGUCACAAGCAUUACGCGUUCUACAUGCAAUACCGCAGGUGGCAGAGAAGAAAUCUCGAUUGCUGGUACCUAUAUUGUUACGAUGGGUUGCCGAUGUAGAAGCAGUCACGGAAGCCGUUCAAGGCACUGACGAGGAAGAUCAAGCCAUUAAUCCGAGGUCUUUUCUCCAGAGGUGGACGCGCAAGGACCAGAAGGCUAUGCUCUCUCUCUUUGCUCAAUUCAAGAAUCCGAAAGUUCUCUACAAGUCCGCGGAAGUCUACUCAGCGCUGCUUGGCCUCGCGGCAAACGGCGACGUCGAGAUUCAAAGAUCGGCACUGAGGGCUGUUCUCACUUGGAAGAGUGAGCACAUUACUCGCUACGAGGAGAAUCUAACGAACCUACUCGACGAUGCCCGGUUUAGGGAGCAGAUUUCAGUGUUUCUUAACAUUGGCGACGAUGACAGCACCUUACAAGAAGAGCAUCGGGCCGAAAUCAUGCCGCUCAUACUAAGACUCCUUUACGGCAAGGUUAUUGCUCGUACUGGUUCAGCGAGUGGCCGGCGAGGCCAGGAGUCCAGGCGCAAAGCGGUAUUCAUUGCACUUACGCGAUUUGGGCUGGAGGAUGUUCGACAGUUCCUUCAAAUUGCGCUUGGUCCUCUGGAUGGUGUGUCCAUCGUGCAACAACAGGAUCUCCGGGAGUCUGUUUUGCAGCAGGAACUGCUUAGUCCGAGAAAGCAAUCUGGACUGGUAAACUUAUUGGAAGACAUGCUAGACACCCUUGGGACUCAACUCGCUCCGUUUACUGAUGCUUUAGUGGAUCCAAUUCUCUACUGCAUGAUCCGGGCCUCUCGCGGUAUAAACAAAGACAUGAGCCUCGCUGAAGGGGAGAAAAGCGGACAACAGCUGUCACUACUACGAGCUAUUCGACAAGUGGGUUUCCAUUGUCUCAACAUGCUGUUCGCAAGUUCUCCCGAUGCUGAUUGGUCUGCAUUCGCGGCUGUCAUCGUCCAGGAACUGAUAGAACCAAGACUCGAAAAGCUUCCCAUAGAGUCCGCACAGUCAAUAUCCGGCAUUCUGCGACUAGUGUCAACCUGGGCCAGUUCGCCCCACACAGCCGGCUUCUUAGUCGAAUUCAAUCCGGACAUUCUCAACAAGGUUGCAGACUGCCUUGAGGUUCCUUCCGCCCAGGACGAAGUCAAGCUCUUCGUUCUCAGGGACAUCGUAGGGCGUCUCAUAUCUGUAGCCAGACAGGAUUCGGUCAUCCGCACGCAGAUAGUGGAACCGAAGUCCUAUCACCUCUUGACACGGAUUGCGGGCUUGUUGCAAGGCAGUCCUAGUAAGGAGGUUCUGGAAGCCGGCGUACAAGCCAUUGCCAAUCUUGCCGAUUUUGUGGUUGGCACAUUCGAAUCGGAGAAGCUGAUUCGGAUCUCGAUAUUCCUACUGCAGCAGCCUUCAAAAAGGGUCGCUCCAAGGACAAAGAGCGACUUGCUUCGGAUUCUGCAUCGGUUCAUCCCUAUGAGCGUACACGACAGCAGUAGCCCGCUUUUCGCAGAGACAUUAGAAAUUGUGUCUGCGCUGUUUGCAUUUUUCCAGGACAGCAUCAGCAGAAGUCUCCUGUGCGAUGUGCUUGAGAGUCUUAGUCGGACUGAUCCUGAGCUCGGGGAAACAGCUGUGUUAUGUAGAGAUCUCAACUCUUUCUCGACGUCCAGACUCGACUGUCCAGACUUUGAGCGCCGUUCGAAAGCCUUUACAGCUAUCAAUGAAGUACGGUAUUCAUCGUUUUCGGCAAAGCAGUGGCGGCCGCUACUGUACAACAUGCUCUACUUCAUCAAAGACGACGAAGAGAUGGUCAUCCGAGCUAGUGCUUCACUUGCACUUCGUAGGUUUAUUGAAGUAGCAAGUGCUGUUAAGGAUACCGAUGCCGAAGCAUUCGUGGCGCUGCUAGCUACUGCAGUCCUACCUGGUCUUCAAAACGGAGCACGAGAGUCUUCGGAGCUGGUGAGAACUGAGUACCUGUCGGUCGUUUCUCAGCUCAUCAAGCGGUUCCCAACUUGGGCUCCUGUCAGUGACAUGCAUAUCCUUCUGGUGGACGACGACGAGGAGGCGUCAUUCUUCAGCAACAUCUUGCACAUUCAGCAGCAUCGUCGUUUCCGCGCACUACGGCGUCUUGCUAGCGAAGCAAGCUCUGGCCACCUUAGAAGCAAUAACAUAAGCCAUUUCUUCAUACCGCUCAUCGAACAUUACAUCUUCGACAAGUCUGACGACGAGAACGCUCACAAUCUUGCCGCAGAGACAAUCACGACUAUAGGGGCGCUCGCCGAGUGGCUUGAAUGGCCGCAAUAUCGAGCGCUUCUACGGAGAUAUAGCGGCUACAUGCAGAGCAAGCAGGACAUGGAGAAGACCACCAUUAAGCUCCUCGGAGCGACUGUUGAUGCUCUCAGCCGGGCCGGGCUAGCCAGAGGGUAUGUCUCGGUCGACACGUCGCCCAUCGGUUCCGCCAGCGCCAGCCAGAUUCGAGAGGAAGCCGAAAAGGCUACUGGCAGUCUCAGCAAGCUUGCCGCCACCAUGCCAAGUCAACAAAAGCUGUACGCGGACUUGAUCAACAAUCUUUUACCAGCCCUGACUGCAUACAUUCACCGCAAGGAUGAAGCCACAGUCAGCCUGCGAGUUCCUGUGGCGGUUACCGUAGUGAAGCUGCUUCGACUUCUGCCACCGCGUGAGUUCUCUGCUCGCCUGCCGCCCGUACUUUUGGAUAUCUCUCAUAUCCUCAAAAGCCGAGACCAAGGCUCCCGAGAUAUGACUCGCAAGACUCUGGCCGAUAUCGCGCUCCUCAUCGGGGGAUCAUACUUUGCCUUCCUUGUGAAGGCACUUCGAACCGCGUUACAGCGAGGCUAUCAACUGCAUGUUCUGUCUUUCACAGUACAUUCGAUCCUCGUUUCAAUGUCACCGAUCUUGAAACCUGGCGAUCUUGACUAUUGCCUCGGGGAGAUAAUUGAUGUUAUCAUGGAUGACAUAUUUGGAGUGACAGGCCAAGAGAAGGAUGCCGAAGACUACAUCAGUAAGAUGAGGGAAGUGAAGAGCAGCAAAAGCUUUGACUCCAUGGAGCUGGUGGCGAAGAUUACGACAAUUGGCCAUCUGGUAGACUUAAUCCGGCCGGUACAGAGUUUGCUUCUACAGAAGUUGGACUCCCGAACAGUCAAGAAGGUCGAUGAGCUCUUGCGUCGCUUUGGUCUCGGAAUCAUGCACAACGUCUCGAUACAAGAUCGGGGACGGGACAUUCUUGUCUUCUGCUACGAACUUAUUCAGGAGGUGUACAAGCUUUCGACGGAACCGCUAUCCCAGAAUCGAGACGAUGACUACAAGAUCAAGCGUUACUUGAUAAGCAUGAAUAGUGCCAACAAGCUCGGCAACCGUGGAGCAAUUACGUCUCACACAUACAAGAUGGUACGGUUUGCGCUCGACGUGUUUCGCUCUGUCCUGAACAAGCACGAUGCGCUACAGACACCGGAGAAUCUUGCCGGCUUCAUGCCUAUCAUCGGAGACGCUCUCGUGCAAGGGCAGGAGGAGGUCCAAAUAUCGGCAAUCCGGUUGCUUACAACCAUUGUCAGCCCGCCCUUCGUACCGCUUCCAAGGAUUGAAUCGGACGCUCCAACAUACGUCGCUGAGGCCGUGCGAGUGAUACGUGGAGCCCCGAGCACUAACAGCGAACUGGCUCAAGCGGCUCUAAAGCUCAUCUCCGCAAUCCUAAGAGCGCCUCGCGACUUCACUAUCAAGGAGAACGACCUAGCCUACCUGCUGAAGCGGCUCAAGCCGGAUCUCGAAGAGCCUGAUCGACAGGGUGUAACCUUCAAUUUCCUCAGAGCAGUGAUGAGCCGUAAGAUUGUCAUCGCCGAAGUGUACGACGUGCUCGAUACCAUUGCACAGAUCAUGGUCACGAAUCAGACCCGCACUGCCCGCGAUCUCGCUCGUGGAGUGUACUUCGAUUUCCUGAUGAACUACCCCCAACGCAAGGACAGAUUGUCUAAGCAACUCGCUUUCUUGGUUAAGAACCUCGACUACAAGUACGUCGAAGGGAGACAGUCUGUCAUGGAAGCGUUGCACCUUGUUCUGGGUAAAGUGCCAGAUGAACUGGCGCAGGAUGUCGCGGCCACGGUAUUCGUGCCUCUAGUCAUGGUUCUGGUCAACGACGACUCGAGCGGUUGUCGGGAGAUGGCUGGUGCACUGUUGAAGAGAGUCUUCGAGCGAGCGGACAAUGAGCGCAUGAAGACCUUCCGGUCACUCCUCCGAACAUGGUUGGAACAAGACGAGCAGCCGCUGCUCAAGAGGGUCGCUGUCCAGUGCUGGACACUAUACUUCGACGUCAUGGCAGCGGAGGAGAAGGUCGCCGAGAAGGAAACGAGAUAUCUUGUCGAGCAUCUGACAUCAAUCCUGCAACCGGUCACCAAAAGCAAAGACGACAGCGACUGGGAGCUCUUGUAUUACUCGCUGCAGGCCUUUGCCAAGAUAUCCGAACUAUCCAACCCAGCUGCCUUUGCUGCAGAUACAGCGCCGCUCUGGUCAGCAGUACGCGCCUGUCUCUCCUUUCCUCAUGCCUGGGUCAAGCUGUCAGCAGCGCGUCUCAUUGGUCUCCACCUGAAAGACUUUGUGAGCACCAACGCCCAAGAUCUGGGAACCGUUCCGUUGCUUGGAUCCGGAGGACUCCAUCUCAGCGGCGAAGACAUGAUCCAGCUCACAAUCGCCGGCUUGCGGACACUCAAGCUACCUAGCGUGACGGAGGAGCUCGCAGGCCAAACAGUACGAAAUCUGUUGGUCUUGGGCCGCUGCUUCGCUGCGAAUGGCCUUAAGUGGCGAUAUCCUAACGCCACAGGUCCAGUCGCUACCGAGGAGUCAGAGAACGAAGAAGCCGAGUAUGAAGACACACAUAUGGCAGAAGCGGAGAGUGAAGAAGCGGACGUCAAUGGUACCGACGGCGAGCUCGAAGAACCCGAACAGAAGACCGUGCUCCAAUAUCUUAUUGAGCGUCUGUGCUCCGUCCUCCGCCGUGAGCCCUCAUCCAACCGCGCGCCAUCCCUGUACACCCACACAGCCUCUCUGCAACUCCUCGCCGCGCUCUGUAACAGCCUCCCCACCUCAGCGCUUCAGCCCUCCCUCCCUACAAUCCUCCUCCCGCUCCACAACCUCACCGACCCCGCAAUCGCGGUCCCGCACUCCAGCGACCAAGCCUUCGUAGUCGCGCACAAGGCGCUGCGAUCCACGGCCCAGGAGCUGAUGGCCGCGCUGCAGGCGAAGCUCGGCACAAGCGAGUAUGUGAGGGUGCUGCAGGGUGUGAGGCAGGGUGUUAGAGAGAGGAGGGAGGGAAGGAGGGUCAAAAGGAGGAUUGAGGCCGUUAGGGAACCGGAGAAGGUGGGGAGGGAGAAGAGGAUCAAGAGGGAGAGAGAGAAGGGAAAACGGAAAGAGAGGAGUGGGGAACAGAGGGGACGGAGGAGGGGAUGGUAG